GGUGGCCAAAUUGUAAAUGAAAGUUUUAGAUUAUGAAACCAGAAAUUAUUUCUCAUUUCCUGUUUUUGUCACUGAUCCAGGGAAAAAUGGCCGUACACGUACUUCAUAUGUUGAAAUAAAUGUUCUUGACAAAGAUGAUACUCCACCAAAGUUUCCUCGAAAUUCUUAUGAAUUUGCUAUCUUUGAAGAUGCUCCUGAAAACCAAGUCGUUGGAGUUGUUCAAGCUGAGGAUCCAGACCCAGCCACUGAUCCUGAUGACAUUAAUUAUGCACUUAUCAAUCCAAGACCAAUUCUAGGACAACAGUAUUUUAAAGUUGGGAAACAAGGUGUAAUUUCUGUUCGUAAAAAUGAGAAUAACUUCAGAGGACCAGACUUAUAUGAAGUUCAAAUUCAAGCUACAGAUAAAGGUGGCCAUUCAUCCAAUCCUGAUGCGGUAGUAACGAUUCGUGUUCUAGAUGUAAAUGAUCACCAGCCAGUUUUUACACCAGAAACAUGUAGGCAACAAGAAAUUGAUGAAAAUGUACCAAGUGGAACAUUGUUAACAACUUUGAAGGCUACUGAUGAGGACAGAGGUUUGAACAAAGAAAUUGAGUACAGCAUUGCAAAGGUUCAAAAAAACAAUGUGUUUAGAAUCAACAAUAGUACUGGACAAGUUUACACAACUGCAGUUCUAGAUCGUGAACUUUAUGAUGAAAUAUUUGUUGUUGCCAGGGCAACAGAUGGUGGUGCUGGCCGUAGUGAUGCAUUAAGACAAGUUGGUUAUUGUCAGUUUAUUGUUAAAGUUAAAGAUGUUAACGACCAUUAUCCCAAGUUUGAUGUUCAAACUUUUGAUGUUCAAAUUCAAAGAAGACUUGCUGUUGGUUCAACAGUAUUGUUAGUAGAAGCAAGUGAUCCUGACCUUGGUCAAAAUGCUAUUAUCAAUUAUAAAAUUGUUACACAAAAGGUGCGUGGAAAUGACGUCGACUAUUUAGAAGUUGUUCAAGCAACUGGUGAAGUUAAAGUAAAAAACAGUAUGGCAGCAAUUGAUAAUGAUCGUACAAUUGUUUUGGUAAUAGAAGCCACAAACACUGUUCCCGUCGUGAACGUUCAAAUUAGUUCAGAAAGCAGAACUACUGUUCAAGUUAAGUUUUCUUCAUCUGGGCGUCCAAAUUUUGGAAGAUUUAAGUUUUCAGCCAACGCGAGAGAAGAUGUUGAGCCAGGCUCUGUUGUUCUUACCUUGACUAACCCUGGUGAUAAAACAGUCUUUUCACUCCAGACACUACGAGAUCGCGAUCAGUUGCCUUUCAUUGUUGGUUCUAGUAAUGGAAACAUUCGAACAUCAAAAAAACUUGAUUAUGAAACAGUUAAAUCUUAUUUAUUUGGAGUGACAGCAAAAUUUUCAGACAGUAGAGGGAUUACUUCUCUUAUUAUCGAAAUCAAUGUAACUGAUGUAGAUGACAAUGUGCCCAUAUUUGGAAAUGAUCGGUAUGAAGCGACUGUUUCCGAGGCUGCUGGUGGUAAUAUCAAUGUUUUCCGUGUUCAAGCAAGCGAUCCAGAUCCAAUCCAAGGCGAUAAACUGUUAUAUCGAAUUAAGCAGGAAUUUGAUUAUGAAUCUUUUGCGAUUGAAGACCUGAACAAUUUUGCACAAAUUAAGACAGCCCCAACGAUUACUAAAGGAUUUUUUGAUCGAGAAAAGAAAUCAGUGUACACAAUUAUUAUCGAAGCAUACAGAGCCAGCGCUCCAAACUUAGUUAGUACUGCGGUGUUAUCGAUCAAUGUUCGUGAUGAAAAUGAUUCCCCACCAGUGUGUAAAAAUUCUUUUUCAGUAUCUGUCGCAGAAGACGUUUCUAUUCCCUACGUUGUUCCAAAUGUCAUUUUUAACGCCACUGAUGCAGACAUUCUUGAAAAUGGUGAAGUGUUUUACUUUUUAACAUCUGGUAAUGAUGGAAGAUUUGCUGUUGAAACUAUAGUUGGACAAGAUCGUAAAAACACAGGAAAAUUGAGGAUAAUUAAAGCGUUGAAUGCAAAGAAAUCGCCAGAAUUUUUUCAAAAUCCCGUUUACACGCUCAUAGUAACUGCAACUGAUCGUAAACACACAGCAAAUGCAACAAUAAAUGUCAGGGUGCUGGAUCGUCCUGAUUCAAAACCUGAAUUUCUUAAACCUUAUUAUGAGAAAUAUUUACCUGAGAAUGCAGCUUCUGGUCUUACUGUCGUUAUGGUGGAAGUAAAAAAACCUGAUGAUCCAAAUGCUGUCAUUCGCUUUCGACUAGACAACAAAGCAAAAUCGUAUUUUAAGAUUAAUGAAACGUCAGGUUUGAUUACUACAGCUGGUGAUGUAUUGGAUUGGGAAGUCACUCCAGUUAUAACAUUUCCUGUUUAUGCGUUUGAUAUUAAACGACCUGCGCUUACUGGACAAACCUUUGUGAGAGUCGUUGUAAACGAUGUUAAUGACGCAUCUCCAUUGUUUCAAGAUCAACCUUACAUUGGUUAUAUUAAAGAAAACAGCCCUCCAGGAACAUUAGUUCGUUAUAUAAAUGCAAUUGAUAAAGAUAAUCCAGACGUAAAUGAUGGUAAAAAUGUUAAACUUACUUAUGAACUUCUAACUAACACUGGUCAACAACCUUUUGACAAAGAUGCUAAAUUAUUUACACUUGAUAAAAACGGUCGAUUAGUUUCAAAACAAUCAAUAAAUGCCGAGGAGUUCCGAAGGAAUUUAUCGAUCCGUGUUCGAGCAUGGGACGAGGGUAAUCCGAGGUUGUGGGGUGAAACUGACGUCACUAUCGUGAUUCGUGACGUUGGCGAGUAUCCGGCGUGGUUUAGAAAACGUGAAUAUGAAGCAACAGUUCCUGAAACGAGCAGACCUGGUUUUGUUGUUCUUCAAUUAACAACGAAAGAUCGUGAUUUUAGUCCUCCUAAUAACUACGCUUUCUCUAUUCGUAGUGGUAAUGUACCAUAUGCGUUUGAUAUAAAUCAACGUACAGGUGAAAUUGUUGUGUCUGGAGUUUUAGAUUAUGAUGCUACAGAUGCAACGACUACAUAUAAAUUAACGGUUGGUCUAAGAGAACGAAGUCAAGAACGGGUGAUCAGUAGAGGCAUUGAUGUUGAUGAAGCAUUUGAAGAUACUGCUACUGUAAUUAUUAGAAUCACAGAGGGUAAUGAUAACAAACCAACGUUUAGAAGGAAAAUUUAUUCGGCCAUCAUUUCUGAAGGCACACCAGUAGGCACAAGACUUGGCCUUGAUAUCGAGGCUCAAGAUAAUGAUAGAGGUUUUAGUGACCAAUUCAGGUUUUAUAUCAAAUCUGGUAACGUGGGAGACUGGUUCGGAGUUGAAAAAGUAGUUAAUAGUUCGAAUAAAGCCGAUAUUUUUAUUCGAUAUCCUCUCGAUCGAGAAUUCCAAGAAAAUUAUCAAAUGCAGUUAGUUGUUGUUGAUGCUGGUGGCGCCUCAGACACUGCAUGGUUGAGAAUAACACUGACUGAUGUCAAUGAUAACCCUCCACGAUUCCUUAAACCUUACUACACUGCAAAUGUUAUAGCUGGUCUAUGUGAACAAACUUCGGUCAGUGGUAAUCCGCUGGCCACUCUCACUGUCGUCGACGAUGAUCAACAACAAGGGCCUUUUACGUUUACAGUUAUUCCAAUUCGAGCUACAGAUAAUUUAAAUAUGACAUCAACUAAAGUUUUUAUCACUGUGACGGAUGCAAAUGGUAAUUCUGGUAGUCAAACACCACAGAAAUUGAAUGUCAUUAUUAAUGCUGUGAAUGGGAAAUUUGUUGGUGGCCGUGUGGCAAAGAUUUAUUCUUCCAGUUCCACGUUUACAUUUGGUCGGGGUAAUACGGAUGACUUUUUACUUGAUCGUAAUAAUGGCUGGAUAAGAGCUAGGAGCACAGUCAAAGUUGGUCUAUAUGAAUUUACAAUUCAAGAUGGAACACGAUCCUAUAAUGUUGAAGUGACUGUGCUUUUUGAACAGCGUUUGUCCACUAUUUUUGAUGUUCCUUUGUCCGAUGUGUUCAUAUUCAGUAUUCAAAAGUCCAAAAUGGAGGUGAAACCUCGACGAAGUGAUCCUGCAAUUGAUGUUCAUUUUGCUAUCAAGAAAAAGUCUAGUGCCCGUAGUCAAUUUUUACCUCGGUGGAAUUUGAUAAAUAUGUUAGAGCGGAAAAGAAGUGAAACGGUUGCUGGCCUUGGUUUAGAGGUUAGCAUGAUUGGUCUUGAUUAUUGUGCAGAAGAAGCGACCAAAUCUGCAAUGUGUCGUAAUAUCAUUCGUCGUCAAGGCGAUCAAUAUACUGUUAUUGCUAGCGAUUACAGAGGCAUUACAAAUAACCUUGAUUAUACAUAUUCUAUGACAUCAAUCAACCUUUUUGCUGAUGCAGAAUAUGACAGAUAUCAUCAAGAUCCUGACCCUGAAUAUGAUCUAUGCAGUAAUGGGAUCAGCUGUCUCAAUGGAGGAACAUGUCACAAUGUUGUACCACGUGGUUUUGUGUGUGAAUGUCCCAGUAAAUACAGUGGACCACGAUGUCAAAUGACGACCAGAACAUUUAACAAAAACUCUUAUAUUUGGCUCUCUCCUAAGACACCCCACGUCUUUGGCAGUGUCUCCCUUGAGUUUGCUACAAGAGCAGCUGAUGGUCUUCUUCUUUAUCAAGGACCUGCAGUACAAGGUGGAAACAACAAUAUUUCAGAUUUCUUGGCCAUAAGUUUAGAAGGUGGAUUUAUUAAAGUUGGUAUUUCUUUCGGAUGGGACCCUGUCAUGAUAUAUAUGAACAAAGGUCCGAAAUUGAAUAACAUGAAAUGGCAUCAUGUUGAUGUAUCUCAUAAAGGAAAGGAGAUUAAAGUAAUUAUUGAUCAUUGUAUGAGGGCUGAUAUGGUUGAAAAUGGAGAAAGAAUUGUCGAACUGCGGCAAAAUUGUGAAAUUGUAGGAAAGACAAAACGCAACUUUCAAUUUCUAAACGGACUUGGUCCAAUGCAGAUUGGUGGUAUUGAAGGAAUGCCUUUACAAUACCCUCAUUCGAAUUCUAUCGUCUAUAAAUAUUUCCACGGUUGCAUUCGUAAGAUCACAGAAAACUUGGAAAUGUACGACUUAUCGUAUCCAUUGAAGGUGGUGAAUGCUCCAGAAGGUUGUACUCUUAUGGCUUCGUGUAUAAAAUGUAAAAAUAAUGGUUAUUGUGUACCCGGAGCUGGACGUAGUACAUGUGCUUGUCCUCCUGGUUAUGUUGGUGAUGACUGCAGCGGAAUUGCACCUCGGUUUUGGUACAAGGGAAAUAGUUUCACAGAAUAUGUUUUACCUGGUGAAGAACGUCGAAGGAAACGUGCUGUUGCUGACGAACCUGGCAGUUUCUUUAAUCGUUUUAGCAAUUAUAUCACCAUGCAGAUUCGUCUUGAUCCUGGAGUUAAAACUGCGUUGUUCUUUUAUAUGAUCAGUCAAGACGGUCGAGAGUACAGCAGAUUAGGGUACGAAGAACAGAAGUUAUACUUUGAGUUUAAGUUACUUGAUGCGUUGGUUCGUCUUGAAAUGGAUCCCAGAGCUGAAGUUGAUGAUGGUAAUUGGCACACUGUUGUCGUCUCAAGACAAGGAAAUUAUGCUGUCUUACAGAUUGAUUAUGCUGGACGCGUGAGCAGAAAUACAGGUGGUAUGAAACAGUUGAUUCGUAUGGGCUCUUCAAAGAUUAACGUUGGAGGUCUUUCAAGAGCUGCACCCAGUCCUAUACCUCUCAAAAAAAUAGUAAGAGCUCCUAAUACUGACGUGAGAUAUCGCCGUUCUGCAGGCACGAUACUUGGUGUUACAACUGAUGGUAGGACCGUUACAAAUAUUGCAGGGGACAUGAAAGGUUGUCUUGGUAGUACAACGUUCAAUGGUAGAAACCUUGAUGCCCAUCCAGAUGUGAAGAAGAUUCGAUUUAAUGUGAAAAGUGGUUGUCCCUGUACACGACAGAAUCUUUUCUGUCGCAAUGGCGGUAAAUGUGUUGACGCUGCCAAACCUUACUGUAAAUGUACUUUUGGUUGGUCUGGAAGUACAUGUGAGAAUAUUGUUUACGUCGCUCCUGUACUUGGAAAUUUCAGAGCUAGCGGUCGAGCACGAUGGGAAGAUGGCGGUGUUCUUAUCAUCAUUCUUGUUAUCGUCCUAUGUAUCUUGCUUCUUGCUCUUAUUCUUCUCUUCAUUAAGAAACAACGAGAAGCUCCACAUUCGGUACCGGUCGGUGACGAAGGUCAAGAUAGUAUAAUGCCUUAUCACGAUGACGGUGCUGGUGAAGAAGAUACGUACGAUUAUGAUAUCAAUCAUUUAAUGAAAUAUUCAUAUCGUGAUGGACAUGGUACUGUGAGUAAACAUGCAAACGGUAAAGAACCUGAACAAGUUGUUCUUCUUAAUCGUAUCUCACCUGAUGCGGUCAAAUCUAAGAAAGAAGAGGAGUUCUAUAAAUCUGAACAGGAAGAGAGUCCAGUUUUCUGGCCGUUUAUUCUUAAUCGAAUUGAUCAUGCUGAUGAAGAUAUAUCUUGGUGGCCUCAAGAUGAAAUGCGACAUUGGGAGGAUGAAGGUGAUGAAGGUGAGCUCGCAGACUUGAGUGAAAUCGAAGAUAACGAUGAUGAAGAUGAGGAGGAGCAAGACUGGGAAUUCCUUAAGGACUGGGGCAGAAAGUUCGAGAAUCUUAACAAGAUAUUCAACCCUGUUGAAGAUGAAGAUGAAGAUGACGACGACGACGAGGAAGGCACUUUGGCGUAAAGGAGUGGUUGACGAUAUUAAAAUUGUCUUCUGCAAAAUUUUUUUGAUUGUAUAGUUUGACCUAGCUUUUAUUUUAUGUAUUUUGGCGUUUUUUUUCUUUAAACACUACUUUAUUGUACACUGCUAUGUAAUGAAUUUCAGCUCAAGAGCUCAUUAUCGCUCUUAGAAGCGAAAUAUGUAGUUGUACUUAGCUGUCAGUACUAAUAAAUAACUAAUUUACCUUACGUCUAUCAGAAAGAUAAGUUGUAGAUUUGGUUGAACUUUCUGAUGAGUAAAAUGUUUGUAACGAUUGAGCCCAUGUAUUUUAUAAUAAAAUAUCUUUUCUGUCAAUUCUA